AGAUUUCCGAGCGGGAAAAGUCGGCCAGCAUAGGUCUUGUGGUCAACAUCGUACCGACGUCAAGAAUAGUGAGAAUACCGGUACAAAAUACAAACGCAAAUAUAGAGAACACCGAGAAGAAAAUUGUGGCUGACGCGUGCACAACCUAAUAAUUCAUUUUCAUGACAUCAAAACUAAAAAACCAAUAGUGCUUCUUCACGUCAUCCCAAAAUAAGGCCAAACUAUAACCAAACAGCAACUGUGCAAACAAAGAAAACAGAAAAAAACAACAAGUAUUUCAAUAAUUUUUAUUAUAUCAAAAACAGAUAUAAAACACAUUGCCUGCCUGAUCGUCUGUCUGCCUGCCAGCCAGCCAGCCUGCCUUUGAGUCAAGUGCCAACAAUACGCAGCAAAUUGUAAAAAACACACACCCUCCCAGACAAACAAAACAACAAUUUAUUUCAAGUGGUUUGAAGGGAACAUUUACACGCAUUUAUUAACCCAGAUUGGCGGAAAACCCAUUACAAACAUCAAACGAAAAACAUGUCCAAAUUUUGUCUGGUGCUGUGUUGCACAGCCUUCGUUUUAAUGGUCAGUACCAUGCCAGCCUAUGCGGGCAUUGCACCCCACAAACAUGAAAAACACACAAGUAAGGAGCGUAUAAAGGAUGGUGUCUAUCAGGCCCGCGAUGCCCAUCAUCAUGAGAAUGGUGAACACAAUGUGGAGUUCGAUCAUGAGGCCAUUAUAGGCAAUGUCAAAGAGGCCCAAGAAUUCGACACCCUAUCACCGGAAGAGUCGAAAAAACGUUUGGCCAUCCUGAUACGCCUUAUGGAUUUGAACAAUGAUGAGUACAUUGAACGGCACGAGCUGAAAGCAUGGAUUUUAAGGUCUUUUAAGAAACUGGCCGAAGAAGAGGCAGCCGAUCGUUUCGAAGAAAUCGAUCAGGACAAUGACAAUCAGGUGACAUGGAAGGAGUAUUUGCAGGAUGUCUAUGCCAUGGAAGAUGAAAACUACAAAAAGGAGCUCAUCGAUUUCGAUAGCUAUGACGAGGAGCAGAAAAUGAUCAAGGACGAUAAGGAAAUGUUCCAGGCAGCCGAUCUAAAUCAUGAUGGUAUGUUAAAUCCCGAGGAAUUUGUACUCUUCCAAAAUCCCGAAGAGCAUCCACAAAUGUUGCCACUGGUGCUGGAACACACAAUGCGCGACAAGGAUACAAAUGGUGAUGGCAAAAUCGAUUUCAAAGAAUAUGUCGGCGAGACGGCCGAUCAUCAUGACAAGGAAUGGUUGAUCACCGAGAAGGAACAUUUCGACAAGGAUUACGAUAGCAACAGUGAUGGUGUGUUGUCCGGCAAUGAGGUGCUAAGUUGGAUUGUGCCCAGCAACGAUGUGGUUGCCACCGACGAGGUGGAUCAUUUGUUUGCCGCCACCGAUGAGGAUCACGAUGAUCGUUUGUCGUAUUUGGAAAUUCUCAAUAACUACGAUACAUUUGUGGGCAGUGAGGCCACCGAUUACGGAGAUCAUUUGCAAAAUAUUCACCAUUUGGCGGAUGAGUUGUAAGGGA